GCUUAGCUGUAGAUUCAUGAGCUGAUUUAUGCAAUUGCUGAGCUUAUUACUUCCCCGCGACAAUCCACCGAUAGGGGAGUGGAGACGUCGAGCAAACAAGUCAAACAGACAAGCUCCCCGCCCCACGCCGCCCAGCUCACUCACCGCCUACCGCUUUUAAUGCUAGCAUCCAUUUGCCUCAGCAACUAUCUCCCUCCUUCGCUAUCGAUUAUCUCUGAAACUGGACUCCAACUUUCAACCUAGGGAAUCACCACCACCCAAUCAAUUCUCAAACUGCACCCUUGCAAAGCCAGCCAACCACCCACCCACCCGAUUAUCCAACACUUUCCAAUACAACAAAGCCACCAAACCCCCAAAAUGAGCAACAAAGACUCCGCCUACGGCGGCGCCCCGGCCUCCGACACCUCCUUCCGCAAGACAUGGGACCGGGACGAAUACGCCAAGAAAGCCGCAGCGGAGGAGACGCGCCGCAAAGAGGAAGCCAAGGCACGAUACGAGGCGAAGCUGCUAGGCAAGAAGUGGCACGCGCCGGUGGACUACAGCACGUUGGAGGCGACGACGUCGCGGACGCAGCGGCUGGACGUGGCGUCGAUGGUGGGCAAGACGACGAUGGUGGCGGCGGGGUCGGCGGUCGGCAAGCGCGGCCGCGGCGCCGGCUUCUACUGCGCCGACUGCGACCUCACCUUCAAGGACAACCUGCAGCUGGUCGAGCACCUGAACAGCAAGCAGCAUCUGAUCGCCACGGGCCAGAGCGGGGAGGUCGCGGUCGCGACCGUUGAGGACGUGCGUCUGCGUCUGCGCAUGCUGGCGCACCGGAAGCGGGAGCGUGAUGAGGAGGAGCGCCGCGCCUGGCAGCUGGAUCUUGGGCAGCGGUUGAAGGAGCGCGAGGAGCUGGAUGCUAAGGAGCGGGAGGAGAAGCGGCGGAAGCGGAAUGAGAAGAGGCGGAAGGGGGGCGAGAAUGGUUUUAAGCAGGAGGAGGAUAGCUGGGAGGGUCGGUUGGGGAUUAUUGCAUAGAUGGUCGAAGUCCAACGCGGAGCACAUGGUACGAUUUCAUUGCUCAUCACCGGUGGUAGUUAAGGUCAGGGCGGAUGGACCUUGUUGGUUAAAAGCUCAAAGUAUACCCAUGGCGUUUGUUUAGUGUUUACGGGUUCAAUGGAUUGGUUUGCUUACUGGGACGCCUUGUAUAAAUCAUUGAUGAUAUCCAUGUCAUUCACAACACAAACAUAAACAUGUGUAUUGA